CUUCGUGGAUCUUCUUUGCAUCUCUUUUUUCUUUUGGGGGGGUUGGGUGGGGGGUGGGUGAGGGAAAAACCUGCUUUGGAUUGGGAAGCACCGAGAAACCAUCUUAGCGGCCGGGAAGAGAGAAACCGUCGCAGGGAAUCUAUAAAUACCUAUAAAUCACUAUUGCUUUUUAUAAAAAUACAUAACUGUAUCUGACUGACAUCCAACCCAGCGGGCAGACAUGGGGUGUUUGGGCAACAGCAAGACGGAAGAUCAGCGCCUCGACGAAAAAGAGCGACGAGAGGCCAACAAAAAAAUAGAGAAGCAGUUGCAGAAAGAGAGACUUGCUUAUAAGGCGACUCACCGUUUGCUUUUACUGGGGGCCGGUGAGUCAGGAAAAAGCACUAUUGUCAAACAGAUGAGGAUCCUGCAUGUCAAUGGAUUUAAUCCAGAAGAAAAGAAACAGAAAAUACUGGACAUCCGGAAAAAUGUUAAAGAUGCGAUUGUGACAAUAGUUUCAGCAAUGAGCACUUUAAUACCCCCAGUUCCACUGGCCAACCCAGACAACCAAUUUCGAUCAGACUACAUCAAGAGCAUAGCCCCUCUUUCUGACUUUGACUAUUCACAGGAAUUCUUUGAUCAUGUAAAAAAGCUUUGGGAUGACGAAGGAGUAAAGGCAUGCUUCGAGAGGUCAAAUGAAUACCAACUGAUUGACUGUGCACAGUACUUUCUAGAAAGAAUUGACAGCGUCAGCUUGAUUGACUACACACCCACAGACCAGGAUCUACUCAGAUGCAGAGUUUUGACAUCAGGAAUUUUCGAAACACGAUUUCAAGUAGAUAAAGUAAAUUUUCAUAUGUUUGAUGUAGGUGGUCAGAGAGAUGAAAGAAGAAAAUGGAUCCAGUGCUUUAAUGAUGUCACUGCUAUAAUCUAUGUCGCAGCCUGCAGUAGCUACAACAUGGUGAUCAGGGAAGACAAUAACACUAACAGGCUACGAGAAUCCCUGGACCUUUUUAAAAGUAUCUGGAAUAAUAGGUGGUUGAGGACCAUUUCUAUCAUUUUGUUCUUGAACAAACAGGAUAUGCUGGCAGAAAAAGUCUUGGCAGGGAAAUCUAAAAUCGAAGAUUAUUUCCCUGAGUAUGCAAACUACACUGUUCCUGAAGAUGCAACACCUGAUGCAGGUGAAGAUCCCAAAGUUACAAGGGCCAAGUUCUUUAUCCGGGAUGAAUUUUUAAGGAUAAGCACGGCAACUGGCGAUGGCAAGCAUUACUGCUACCCUCACUUUACAUGUGCAGUGGACACUGAGAACAUCCGCAGAGUGUUCAAUGACUGUCGAGAUAUCAUUCAGAGGAUGCACCUUAAACAGUAUGAACUCUUGUGAUUAGGGUCACCAAUGGAGCCUGUGGUUUUAAAUUAUCUGCGCCUCUCUCUUUCGCUCUCCCUCUGUGUCUCUCAUUUCUCUGUCCUACCCAACACAGGAUGGAAGAAUAUACUCUAGAGUACUUGUUAGCUUCUGGGUCUGUUUUCUUUGGUUAUUUAGCCCUCCCCAACCCAUUUAUAGUGAGUUUUUCUUUUAUUCCUCCUGCUUCUUUGGGACUAGGUCCAGGCUUUUCCUUUGGUAUGCCACUCCUUUGUCAUUCCAUUAAGCCUUUGGCUACCUCCAUUUCCCUUAGGAUUUUUUUUUUAAAUUUUCAAACAUAGCCUACUAAAUUUUUCCAGUAGGUUAUGUCAACAUAAACUGGUGACUCUUAUCAGGUGGCACUACAGUCAAACCUCUGCAUGUUAGGGGUCCUUUUUUUUUUUUUUUUUAAACAUGACACUGAAGAGUACUUGAUAGGUGAAAAGAAUAAUGCACUUUGUAUCAGGUUAUUAAAUACUGUUGAGAAAGCAUACACACAAUGUAGCAGCACUAUGAUAUUUAUUAUUCUAUCACAGUUUUUAGCAUUGAGUUGCAGGUUAACUAGUAAAGUGGCCUCCUCUUUUAAGCCGUGACCGGCACAGGACAUAGAGUAGAGCAGAGAGGCAUGGGGAAGAUGAGCAGUUCUGGGGUUUCAUAGCAGUGUCCCAUUUAAGCUACUUCUAGCCUACUGCAUCAAGGCAGAGAAUCUACUCCUCCCUACCCUUAACCGUUAUUUGUUUUGUCCACAAAUGAACCUUUUAGAUUAGGUCAUUCUUGGACCCCAGUCCUCCCUCCCUCUCUCUUUUUUUUUUUUUUUUUUUUUGUUUUACUGCUGGUUUAUUAUAUUGUACAGACUGUAAAAUGUAAUAUUAUUUUGUACAACUUUAUUGAAGAAAAUACUUGUAGAAGAUCUUUGUGCCUUGAUUAUGGCUGUACCUGUAAACUGAGCUAAGAUGUAAGUAUGUUUUUGAUUGCGCUGUACAGCUUGAUGUCAGCCUUACCUGCAGCCAUGACUGAAGGUAGGAACUUUAUCUGUAGAAUUUAGGGGUUUUCUGGUUUCUAUAAAAAAGUGGAAUACACUUUAGUAAAAAGAAUUCUAUAAAUUAUGCAAAUUAACCACUUACACCUUUACAAACAAGGUCUUACCCGGUGAGAAGCUGUUGCAGCAACAUGCCUUUCCUUUUGGGAGACUCAGCUUUGAAAUACUGAAUUCAUUCGGGUCCAAAUUGCAACCAGGUGUUGACUCUCAAGGGGAGGAACCAAGGAUUUUUUUUUCCUCUCUAAGACUAUGUUUCAUAAUUCUUUGGUUAUUGAUACUUUCACAAUCACACAGGCGGAUUGUGAACCUGUAGAGCACCCUCAGAUAAAGCUCUUAAAUCUUUGUAACAACAGCAGAUUUUAUUGUGCAAGUAAAUACAAGAAUAGAAUAUUUAAAAAGGUGUAAAACCCAUGUCUGACCUAAGAGAAUUGCAAGAUGACAUUUUUAUUUCUCUUUUAAUAAAGAGACACAUUAGAAAAUUGUUUUAUUUUAAAUAUUGUAGGAUCAAAAUGUGUGAAUAUUUCUCAAACUUGAAUAAUUUAUGCAAAUGACAUUCUCAAAACAAGUUAUGGUACAGUACAUUAUAUAAAAAGCAAGAAUUGUUGUAGCAAUAAGGCAUGUCCUUUUUAGUAACUAUAACACUGCUUUAUAUUUUAUACACGGGUGUUUUGUCUGUGUGAGUAUAUACUUUUCCUGUGUCUGAAAUAACCUGUACAAAUGUCUAAAAUUACAGUUGCAAUAACAGAAACCUAGACAAGUGUUAGCCUACAUUGCUUCAUCAAUUUUCUUUACCAAUACUUGGACUGUCUUCAUCCUUUGUUUAGAAUUUUAAGAUUCACCCCAUAAAUCAGGUUUUUAUAAUAUAUUUUUUAAAACCAAUGCUCUCCUUUGCCCUAAAUUAAAUGUCAGUAAAUGCUCAUAUUUCUUCAUUUAAGCUAAUUUUAUGACAUUAUAUCAGCCUCUCUUGCAUCCUCCUGAGUUUUGUCCCAUCAGCAUAUCAUCAACCCUACUGUUUCAUAAGAUCAUCCGGUCAGAUGGAUAGGUGAAAAAGCAAAACCCAAGUCCAAAUCCCCUCACACUUCCAAGAAAGGGAGAGGACAUGCAGCUAUCUUCCAGAUGUCUUUGGAGAAACCGAAAAUAUGGAAAAACUGGAGAAGGGAAUAACUUCCCAAAUAAGAUGAACAUCUAUAUUGUGAUUUAUAUACACUAUUUGCCUCUCUUACAGAUCCCUUGGACGCUAUCGUGCAAGGCUGCUGGUUUAUAAUGAUAAUAAAAGAAAAAUCCAAGCUGCUUCAAAAAAGAAAAAAAAAUUAUUU